AUGUCUGUUGUUCCAAAGAAAGCGAGUUAUUUCCAAGAUCCAGCGUUUUGGCAAGUAUUCUACAGCAGUACUCAGACUCCUUUUGAAUGGUAUGGUGGUUUCGACAGUGCUGGAUUCAUUCUGAAGAAAUAUAUUAAACCAACAGAUAAGAUAUUACAAAUUGGUUGUGGUAAUUCAGAGCUUGCUAGCCAGCUUUAUGAUCACGGAUAUCGAAUGGUUGACAGUAUAGAUACUGAUAAAGGAGUGAUUGAACAACAAAUCGCAUCAAAUAAGUCAACGAGACCUGAACUUAAGUUUUCGUGUUGUUCAGCAACAAGCAUUGAUGCGCCAGAUGAGGAUUACAAUGUUGUUGUGGAUAAAGGAACUCUUGAUGCGUUAAUGCCGUCUGCUAAUUCCCAUGCAGCAGAAAUCGUCUGUAAAAUGUUUUCUGAAAUUUGCCGAGUGCUUACAGUUGGAGGCCGAUAUAUAGUUUUUAGUCUUGCUCAGAAAGAAGUGCUUGAACCCUUUACAUUAUAUUUUGUGCAUAAACAGUUUUUCAUGAUACGGGUUGAGAGAAAUGUUCAUCCUGAUUGGCAAUUUCCUCUUCCAUUAUUCGUAUUUGUUGCAACGAAACUUCGCUUCUCGCUUAGUUCACCUUAUAUGGAGCUUUUAAUGGCAUCAGACCAAAAAGCAGUAAAGUAUACUAAUACGAGUGAAUUAUUCGCUGCAGUGCAUACAGAGCAAGAAUUCUCAAGAUUUCGUCAUCUUUGUUCCAAUAAAUUGUGUGAUGAAGUUAGUAUAGUACUCUAUGGUCACGAUGAGAAACCUCGGUAUAAAGUCGCUGUAGCAGAUGAUCUGACGGCUAAGACGAUAAAUAGCUUUGCUGUUUUUAUCGUUCCACUUGGCAGGGAUGGAGAUUGGUUCUUUGCGACGGAAAAAGGGCGUCUAGCUUUGCGAAAACAAUGUGCUAAAGAUAGAUUAGCCAUUGUUACGCUGUUUCGAAAUCAAAUGUACAAGGAUAUGAAUCAAGUAAAAGAAGAAUUGGGUCCAUACGUCGUGCAGCUCACUCCAACUAAUUUGCGGAAUUCGGUGGUUGAAUUUCUUUCACUUGGAAAGCUUGAUGUCAAGCAUACUCGAGCUACAGGUGUUUCAGCUAUCAGCGGGUCUUGGGUAGUAGAGGAUGUUCAAGUAAAAGAUAAAACGUUCCGAAGACUUAUUUUUCUGUCUUCCUCAAGUCUCGUGCAGUCAGAAGCAAGACUUCUCAAAAAUAAGAGAGGUCACGAAAUUCUAGACUUACAUGAGCUGAGCUCAGGAUAUCAGGAAGCAAUGUUAGCUGCUUUACCUUUCGCAUUGCAGCCUGGUGCAAAAUUGUCUCAAAUGACCCAAUUGCGAUUGCUGGUUCUGGGAUUGGGUGGUGGCGUUCUGCCUUCUUUUCUGCGUUUCAAAUUUCCAUCGAUGUCAGUUGUAGUUGUAGAGUUGGACAAAGAAAUGGAAGAAAUUGCUAAAAAAUGGUUUUAUUUCAAAUCCAGUACACGUUUGACUGUUGUGAUUCAGGAUGCACUCACAUACAUAAAAAAUUUAGGAGAAUCUCACGAUGAAAAAUUUUUGUUUGAUGUAAUUUUUAUUGAUGUGGCUGGAAAUGAGCGUGGAAAUGAAUUAAGUUGUCCACUGCCGUCGUUUGUAACAGAAGAAGCACUCAAGGCAGUAUGUAAUGGACUUCGCGAGACCGGAGUUCUUGCUUUAAACCUUGUAUCUCGAAAUCAAGAAGUUAUUGGGGAAGUAAAAAAUCGUUUAUUGUCUACUUUUUCACGUUAUUAUAAUCACGUUAAUGGUGAGGAUGUUAAUGAGGUUUUGAUCUGUCCUAAAAUACCAAAAAGUUUGGCUGAUGCCAAGAAAGCUUUGGGAAAUUACGAAAACGCCAAAGGUUCGCUAAGAAAUUUGUACACGAACAUUUUAUCACUGGGAUUUCGCAAAAAAAAGAUGAGAUAG